AUGGGGAAUCGACCAUAUCGUUACUCGGUGUAUGGAAAUAAACGGCGAAGAUUGGAGCCAAUCAGUCAACAAAUGGUUUCCACUAUUACAUCAACAUCUGAUGAUAGUGAUAACGGCAAUUUUGGCUUUUUUGGCUUCAUCACACGAUUUCUUGCACCAAUGACAAAUCUUUUUCGACCAUCAGUUAAAUCUGUAACAGCUGCAGAAACAUGCAUGAAUAAAGGACCAAGAAAUGACACUACACAGCGAAUGAACGGGGAAAGGACUACUGAAUCAAUGACUAACGAGGAUGACGAUGUGGUAAUUAUCGAACAAGAAAAUUCAGUGUUGUAUUCUUUGAUUUCAAGAAAAGAUUCAUGUUCUAGUGGAAGCAGUGCUGAGCAAGUGGAAAACAAAGAAAACGAAAAGAAAGAAUCGGAUGAUGAAAAAAAGAAGUCAUCAAAUGCAUUAAAUGCGGUGUCAACAUUGGCCUAUAAUAAGGAUAUUUUUCGGGAAAACAGUGUAAUGGAUGAAACGCUGAGGUAUGAUUCGCCAUCACCACAACCAGAGCAUAGCAUAAGUCAGCAAAUUUCACCAUCAUUUUCACCAACAGGAUUAGAUAUCAUAUUGGAUAAAUGGGAACGUCGACGAAAAUUAUCUUCAGCCAGGAACACGUUUUUAUCAAGUCGUUACUCACCAUAUAAGAUUUUUUCGUCAGAAAAUCUCAGUACUAACAGAAACGAACGUUUUGGUAGACAAGCUAACGUUGUCGACAAGGAAAGCAAAGAACGCUAUAGGAAAUUUCUGGAAGAAGCGGGUAUCCUUAAAACGGGCAUAACAUCUUUCCAUCAUGAAAGAAAACGAUCAUCCAGAAGAACAGAUUAUCUUGAGCUGUUACAACGUGGUCAAUCUGCAUUAAAUUCCUUUUCACAGAGUGGAUCUUCAUCGACAAGCUCAUCUCGAAAAGGAUCCACCCGAAUGAGUAGUUCGGAAUAUAUUGCUGUUACGGAAGAAGCAAACAAUAGUGAUAGUGAAUGCAGCAAAUAUAAAAAUUUCAACGAAGAAAGGAAACAUUCAUGGGGCGGGGAAGAAGUUCGUGUUAUUUGGGAUACAAAGCAUCGUGAUGAUUUCAAAGCUUUGUGGAAGAAAGAAAAAAAUACAAAAUUGUUAGCAGAGCAUCGCUUAGCAUUGCAUCGUCAACAAGCUAUUCUGAGGGAUCGUCGAGCUAAGGAGCUACUGAUUCAGAAGCGUUUGAUAGAAGAAGCACGACGGGAUGAGGAAUUGAGUUUGGAAGAGCAGCUGAGAAGAAAGCUAACUCUUACUGGAUAUAUUUUUCGUUUGCGGAAAGCAAAGGAUGAGUUUCCAGAACUUGAUAGUGAAGCUUUACUGCUGGUGGAACAUGCCUGGGACCGAAAGUUGCCGCCGAAUGAGAAAUUAUCUGGUGAAAUAACACGGAAGGAUUUGCUGACGUUAAAGGGACUUGAUUGGCUUAACGAUGAAGUGAUCAAUUUUUACAUGAAUCUCAUUUGCGAACGCUCACAAAAAGAUGCAAGUUUACCGAAGGUCUAUGCGUUCAACUCAUUUUUUUAUUCUACACUAAAUACCAAAGGAUAUGCGUCUGUUAGACGCUGGACACGUAAAAUUGAUAUAUUUGCAUAUGAGAUGUUAUUGAUCCCUAUUCAUUUGGAUGCCCAUUGGUGUCUUACUGUUAUUGAUUUUAAAAAUAGGAUAAUUGAUUACUAUGAUUCAAUGGGUGGUAGUAAUGAUCACUGCUUGGAUAUACUGAGCGAAUAUCUUUGUGAGGAAUCGUUAGAUAAAAGGAAGAAAGAAUUCGACCUUAGCGGAUGGCAGGUUGCGAAUCGUGAUGAUAUCCCGCAGCAAAUGAAUGGUAGUGAUUGUGGGAUGUUUGCAUGUAAAUUUGCAGAAUAUGCAGCACGACGUGCUCAGAUCUCUUUCAGUCAGGAGCACAUGCCAUAUUUUCGUGAGCGAAUGGUUUACGAAAUAUGUCAGAAAAAGCUUUUAUAA